CAGAGUCCUGGCUCCUGGCAAGCCAUCUUCACGACAGAAAGUGAUUUUUGUGCUCGUGUAUUCGCCCUUGCUUGGUAAUGUGGCACUGGGUUGUACUGUGACAGCGCUGGACGGACAGGAAAAGGGGCAGUGGGCGGUGGUAGACGAGAGAGAAAGUGGGUCGUGCAGUCAACCUACGGAGCAGUCAAAACCAAAACAAGUCCAAGUUCACGGGGCAAUGACGGCGGCGGCGGUAACACGACUCGGCGCGGGAGCGCCUGCCUCGCUCGCCCGGUUUCGAGGGGCUCUGGUCGGCGCAGUUCUGGGAGAUUGCUUAGGCGGGGAGUUCGAGGGAGCGGAGGAGCUUCCAAUGGAGCGAGUUCUGCAGCACCUGAACGGGUUAGACCAGGACACCCGCGGCGAUGGUAUCCUGCAGUACAGUGAUGACACGGCGAUGACCCGCUGCGUGGUCCAGUCCCUUCUUGCUCGGGGGGAGUUCGACGAGCAAGACAUGGCACACAGGUUUGCAGAGGAGUAUCGUCAGGCUCCUGGACGGGGCUACGGCGCAGGCGUGAUCCAGGUGCUGAAGAAGCUGGCAUCCCCGCGCCUCAGCGACGUCUUUCAGCCCGCACGCGCCCAGUUCGGCGGUCGCGGCUCCUUUGGGAAUGGGGGCGCAAUGAGGGCUGCGCCCUUUGCCCUGGCUUUCAGCAACAUAGAGGACGUCAAGAGGUACUCCAAGCUGGGAGCCAUGCUUACGCACUCCUGCUCGCUGGGUUAUAACGGGGCGGUCCUGCAGGCGCUGGCCGUGCACUUCUCUCUGCAUGGUGCACUAGCAGUGCCCCAGGUCUUCCUCAACAGGCUCAUCUCCGAGAUGGAGGGUGUGGAGAACGAGGACCGUGCCCGCAGCGACGCCCGGGCGCUGAAUGAGCCGGAUUUUCCAUUCUGUGCCCGACUACACAGAGUGAAGGAUCUGAUGGAGAGGAAUAGUGUCAGCAUUGAGGAGGUCAUCUCUGAGCUGGGCAAUGGAAUAGCAGCGCUACACUCAGUCCCAACGGCCAUCUUCUGUGUGCUGCACUGCCUGGAGCCGCGGGCAGGGCUGCCGGAGCGCUAUGGUGGCCUGGAGAGGACAGUGGCGUACUGCCUGGCCCUGGGUGGCGACACAGACACCAUCGCCUGCAUGGCGGGCGCCAUUGCGGGGGCACACUACGGCAGCGACGCCAUCCCCCAGUCCUGGCAGCGCUGCUGCGAGGGGGCAGAGGAGGCAGAGGCCUGGGCAGAGCACCUCCACCAGCUGUACCGUCAGUUACCACGUGGGGGCGACAGUCAGACACGGGACGGUGACACGCAACCUCAACCGCACUCUCAUGCUAACACACAGCCUAGGACGCACACAGACUGACACUUGUCUAUGCGCGCACACUACAUACACACACGCACUGACCCUUCAUA